AUGAUGGCCGAAGAUAAUGAGGAUUGUGUUGUCGUUGAUUCGGGAGCUCAACAAGUGGGUUUCGCUAUGGUUUUGCACGAGGGUGAGAAUGAGUCCUCGUCUCUGGAAGGGGACCCACUUCUCGAGAGCUCGUGUUCAUUGUCCGUGGUGAGUGACACGAGCAGCCUGUGUGGGGACGACUUGUCGGGUUUGGAGAUGGGCUCGGAAGUUGGGCCCGGUUUCUUGGACACGAACAAGAACAUAUUUGAUGUCGAGCUGAUUCCUAGGGAUUUAAGUAAAAAUGGUGUGAUGGUCGGCGGCUCUUUGGUGGCGGCCGUGGGAGUUGAGGAGGAGACAGGGACAAAAUCGUCAUUUCAGGUUGAGAAAAAGGUGGGCCGGAGCAUAUUCGAGGUGGACUGCGUGCCCCUGUGGGGUUUCACGUCCGUUUGUGGGAGGCGUGCGGAGAUGGAGGAUGCAAUAUCGGCCGUGCCUAAGCUGCUGAGGAUUCCUAUACGGAUGUUGGCUGGUGAUCUUGCGGUUGAUGGGUUGAGUUCGUGUUUGAGUCAUCUGUCAGGCCAUUUUUUCGGGGUUUAUGACGGGCAUGGAGGGUCUCAGGUGGCGAACUAUUGUCAGGAUCGUUUCCAUCAUGCUUUGACCGAGGAGCUAGAAACUAUCAUGAGCAAUCGAGAAGACAGUUGGACUAAUUCACAAAAUUGUGAGGAGAAUUGGAGAAGGGCCUUCACGAAAUGUUUUCUUAAGGUCGAUGAUGAGAUUGAAGGGAAGAAAGCCCAAGUCGAACCAAUUGCUCCGGAGACAGUGGGCUCGACUGCUGUUGUGGCUGUUGUCUGUUCGUCACAUAUAAUAGUGGCUAAUUGUGGGGACUCAAGGGCUGUGCUGUGCCGUGGCAAGGAGCCCUUGGCACUCUCAGUCGAUCACAAGCCGAACCGUGAGGAUGAAUACGCGAGAAUCGAAGCAGCUGGAGGGAAGGUGAUACAGUGGAACGGGCAUCGUGUUUUUGGGGUCCUUGCUAUGUCUAGGUCCAUUGGAGACAGAUAUUUAAAACCGUCAAUAAUUCCAGAUCCUGAGGUCACGUUUGCCCCACGAGCAAGGGAAGAUGAGUGCCUGAUUCUAGCUAGUGACGGCUUGUGGGAUGUGAUGACUAACGAGGAGGUUUGUGACAUUGCUCGUAAGAGAAUACUACUUUGGCACAAGAAUAACGGGCCCACGUCAGCUUCGGAAAGGGGAAAUGGGGUGGACCCGGCAGCCCAGGCGGCAGCCGAAUACUUAUGCAACCGGGCCCUACAGAAGGGGAGCAAGGAUAACAUCACUGUAGUUGUGGUGGACCUGAAAGCCCAGAGAAAGAUCAAGAAAAGGGUCUAG